CAUUCGCUCAAUUCAUUGACGUUGUGUUGAUGACGUAUGACACGUUGUUUUGUUGUGUGGAGGGACCCUUAAGGUCCAAAUUAUAUUUUUGAUAAAAUGGGGCAAAAAUUUCAAUACGAUGAAAGUGGCGGAACCUUCUUUUAUUUUUUACUUUCGUUUUUAGCCCUAAUUUUAAUACCUGUAACUAUUUUCUAUUGGCCUAGAAAGAAGAAACCUGAUCCCGAUCAGGAAAAAAAGGAAUGUAAAUGUCCCGGGUGUCUGCUGAAACGCGAAUAUCUGCAAAAGGCAGAACCCUGGAGGGAGACAAAGAAUUUAUUAAUAAAAUUUGUUAUAAUUUUGGGUUGGUUAGCAUUAAUAUUUCUAGUUUAUAAAGUUUCACAAUUUGAUUAUGAAAUGGCCAAUUUUGAUCCAUAUGAAAUAUUAAGAAUAUCGCCUGGCUCUAGUCAAGCUGAGAUAAAAAAGGCUUAUCGAGAGUUGGCCAAAAUUUUACAUCCUGACAAGGAUACUGGAGAUGAAAAAGAAUUUAUGAAGUUGUCCAAGGCUCAUCAGGCAUUAACGGAUGAAGAAUCAAGAAGGAACUGGGAAAAAUAUGGCAAUCCUGAUGGGCCAGGGGCAAUGAGCUUUGGAAUAGCACUUCCUUCUUGGAUAGUGGAGAAAGAAAAUAGUGUAUGGGUGCUUGGAUUAUAUGCUUUGGUAUUUAUGGUUGCUCUUCCUAUUGUUGUGGGAACUUGGUGGUACAGGAGUAUUAAAUUUACUGGUGAUCAAGUUCUGUUAGAUACAACACAAAUGUAUUAUUACUUUUUUCAUAAAACUCCACAUAUGGCUUUAAAAAGAGUCAUUAUGAUUUUAGCAGCCAGUUUGGAAUUUGAUAAAAAGCAUAAUUAUGAAAUAAUUGAACGCCAAUCUGAUAAUGAGGAAGUCCCUCAAUUAAUCAAGAAACUACCAAAUCUAAAUGAAAAAAAUAAGGAAAGACCAUUAUGCUACCUCUAUAGUAUUAAGGCUCGUGCUAUUAUACAUGCACAUCUAGGUAGAGUACCUUUAAAUCCGAAUACCUUGGAACAGGACAGAAGAUAUUUAAUAGCGAAAUGUCCAUACCUAAUACAGGAACAAGUAAACUGUGUAAAUCAGUUAAUUCUCCUUGCCUAUGCCCAGAAAAUUGAACAUCUACUUAAAAUAGGUACCCUUGAAAACUGUAUGAAACUGUGUCCAAUGAUAGUUCAGGCAUUGUGGGACUACAAAUCUCCCUUAUUGCAGUUGCCUUAUAUCAAUGAUGAUAAUUUGAAAUAUUUUUUAUCUAAAAAGCGGCAGAUUAAGUCCCUACAGCAGUUUGCCCAGUUAAAAAGUGAUGAACGAAGGCAUCUGCUUAGGAGUUUUAGUGAUGAUGAGUAUGAAAAUGUCAUGAAAGUGUUGGGUAGGAUGCCCUUUAUUGAUUUUCAGAUCACUGUUGAAGUUAUGGACGAUGAUAAUCCAACUGAAGUAACUGCUGGUGCUAUUGUAACUGUAACAGUACAUUUGACAAGAAAUGAUAUGUCCACUUUAUUCGGCGAUGAAACUGUCAUAGAAAAUACUGAAAUAACUGAAAAUGGAGUAGAAGAAGUUAAAGAAGGCGGGGAUGCUGAAAGUGAUGCUAUCGCUGUUAGGAGACCUGCCUGGUUAAAACAGAAACGAGGUGGUGGAAAAAAAACAAAGAAAAGCACAAAACCGAGCAGGUCAGCGGGUAAUGUAAAGUCAAAAGCAGAAGAUUCUCCAAGUACUGAAAAAAAAACAAAGGAAGUUAAAAUUAAACAUGAGGAAGAAUCAGAUGACUCUGGGGAGGAAAGUGAUGCUGAUACGAAUGAGAAAGAUGAUAAAUCUUCAGGUGAUGAAAGUGUGCAAAAAUCUAAUAAUGAAGAUGGUGAUCAGGAGUGGGAGAAAUUUCGUAAAUUGCAUGAGCAAGAAAAAUCUCUCGAGGGCAAAUCAAAAUCUUCUCACCCAGUUCACUGUCCAUAUUUUCCUCAAGACAAACAAGAAUACUGGUGGACCUAUAUAUGCGAUAGAAAAUCAAAAACACUUCUCACCGCUCCUUAUCAUGUAACAAGUUUAGUAGAGAAAGAAACAAUCCAUCUGAAGUUUACCGCGCCCCUUUGGCCAUGCGUGUGCACAUUUACAGUGUGUCUUAGGUCAGACUCCUAUAUUGGUUUUGACCAACAAAAAGAUUUUACGCUAGACGUGAAGCAAGCCCCAGCAGCAAUCACGGCUCAUCCGCAGUGGGAGUUUGAAGAUUCAGAAGAGGAAAAUCCACUUGAAAAGGCUGAUCCGGAAUCGGAGUAUACGACGGACGAAGAUUUACCUGACGAUGAAUAAAUAAUUUCUUGAAAUAAUUUGCAUUUUGUUAGAUUUAUUAAAGGAUUUCUUAAUAUUUGAACGGGGAUUGAGUUAUUUACAAUUAUUGUAUGAUAUUUAUUUAUAUUUGUAUAAAAUUUUGUAACUAGCCAAAGCUGUGUAAUAAAGUAUCUUAUUAUAAAAGAAAAUAAAUUGAAAAUAUU